AUGGCUUCUGGGGCCUUUUUCAAUCCGAGGGUUCUCCUUCUGACAACACCCCUCGUCUCAUCGAGCAUUACCCUUUGGUUCGCCCGCGACCAGAGCUUCUUCCUCUCACUCUUCACAAAAGCGCCCAUCGAGCGCCAGAAAGCCAACGAGAUCAUCCCAGGCUACAUCGCAAACUUCUACGGCUCAGGUCCAUGGGCUGUUCUCACUUUUGUCGGCCUCACAUUCACCACUUCCAUCAGAAACAUCUGGUCUGAACGUGCUCUGCUGGAGUCUCGCGGAUCGCUGUUCUGGUACGGCUGUUCUGCUGCCCUCGCGUUGGGCCACCUGGCAUAUGUUCCUGCCGUGGCGUGGAAGCUUCGUGCCUUGUGGGAGGACAACUGUGCUGGUGAGGGGACGGAUAAUGUUGGGAUGCUGGAGAGAUGGUUGACUGUCAAUAAUACGAGGAUGUUUACCACAGAUCUUGGCGCUUGGGUUUGUGCUGUUGUCGCUAUUUCAAAGACGCUGACUGUCUAA